UAAACCAGAGUUGUGGAACUCCCUUCGGUGUCCUGGCAACCAAAAGCAGCUUCUGUGACAAAAAAUGACUUCCUGCAAUGACUGGACCUUUCACUGGCACACAGGUGACGCCAGAUAGACUGCAUUAAAUUUCUGUCCACAAUUAACUGACUUGGGCUUUCUGAUGACCCAGCCCAACCCUUUCACAAAAUGCAGUUAAAAGCCAGUCCGACUGAGACGAGAGAAGAGGACUCUCCGCAAAUAUCAUGUGAUGCAUCAAAACAAACUCUGGGGUCAGAGGGAAUCAAACAACAUGAAAAGCAGAUGAAGACAAAGGAUACGCAUGUAAAUGAGACAACACAGCAAAGCAGAGGCAGCGAGACACCGUGGUCAAAAAACGGUGCUCAGGAAAAAGUUCCUGAUGAAGCAUCAAACCAAAUGCGACUUGUGAAGAUAGCAUCUAUUUCCCGUAAAACACCAACAGCAAGAAGGAAAAAGAAGCAUCAGACGGGCACAGAUUUGCAGGUUUUACCCAGGAUAUCCCAAGACAGAUUUGAGACCAACGAUUCGGAGAACUCAGAGGCAGCUAAAAUGCAAACCACCAACCAGAAGAUUUUCUCAGUGUCAUCUACUGCCAUAGAGAAGAAACCAGAAGACCCACGGGGCCUGGGGCCCUUCUUUUACAUUGGUGGCAGUAAUGGGGCACAACUGGUAAGUGAAUAUUGCCUGAACAAAGGAUGGCAACAGAUCCAUGACAACAAAAGAGGGGACUACAAGCUGAAAUGGUGCGAAAUCAAGAGCGCGGCCACCUACAAUGCCUUCCGAGAAGGUGAACAACUUUUGUAUCAAAUACCUAACAAUAAGGUGCUCACCACGAAGAUCGGACUUUUGAGCAGCCUGCGAGAAUAUGAAAGAGUCAUGCAAAAAAUCAGCAAAGCCAGGAUAUUGAAAAUGGCAGAUUUUUUCCCUGAGACAUUCCGCCUGGAUUUGAAAGAAGAGGCAGAGACAUUCUUUUCUAUGUAUGAAGACAACGAAACUUGGAUCUGUAAACCCACUGGGCUCAAUCAAGGACGUGGUAUCUAUUUGCUGAAAAACCAAGAGCAGGUUGACACUCUUCAAAGCCAAAUCCAGACCAUGAUGGAAAAUUCCAUGGCAAAGAAAAUUCCAGCAAAAUGUCCACAAGCUCGGAUUGUACAAAGGUACAUUCCAAAGCCUUUGCUGUUGGAAGGAAAGAAGUUUGAUAUUCGUUCCUACCUGCUCAUAGCCUCUGCUGUGCCUUAUUAUGUAUUCUUCUCUCAUGGCUAUGUACGCCUGACCUGCAACCCAUAUGAUCUAAAGUCUGAUGAUCUCACAGGUCACCUGACCAACCAGUACAUGCAGAAGAAGAACCCACUUUACAGUGAGAUGAAGGAGGAGACAGUGUGGGGAAUGGAAAGAUUCAACAACUAUAUCAAUGAGAAUUUUGCUACAGCUAAGUCUUUGCCUCAAGAUUGGGUUCUCAAUGUUUUUACAAAAAGGAUGCAGCAGAUAAUGAUACACUGUUUCCUGAGCGUAAAAUCAAAGCUGGAGUGUCGACGGGGCUUUUUUGACCUCAUCGGCUGUGAUUUCCUGAUUGAUGAAGAUUUUAAGGUGUGGCUGCUGGAAAUGAACUGUAAUCCUGCUCUGCAUACCAACUGUGAGGCACUGAAAGAAGUAAUCCCCAAUGUGGUCAAUGAAACCCUUGACUUGGCACUUGAGAUCUUCAAAAAAGGCUUUAAAGGCCAACGUAUUAUGCCCCUGAAUACACAGAGAAAAUUUGUGUUGUUAUACAAUGGGGAGACCAAUGAACAGGCUAUAAAAUUUUACUGGCCCAUAAGCUCCAGUCCUGCUAAAGAAGAGAAGAAGACAGCUCCAGCUGACAACCAAAUCAGACUUGUGAAAAAUGCGGAGAAGCCCCAGAGAUCUUUGAAACCUCUUGCAGGCCGUAUUGCAACUAGGUCAACUGUCUUGCGAUCUCCUCGAAGAACAAGCUUGGCAAUGUCCCCUAUUAAUAUGAUGGGCUUUCAUGAUGGCAUGGCACUCCACACAGUAAGACACAAAGCCAUGUACAACACAACAUCUAAGAGUCUGGAUGGGCCUCGGUUCAGCAAUUUAACAGAGGUGGGCCGAACAAAUAAAAAAGUUAAACCAACACCUGUUGCCAAGAUUUCAUUUACAGGUCCUCAGAAAUUUAGAACGCUUGGCAAAAAAACACCCCCGUUUACAAGGAGGAGCACACCAGAUACAUCGACCAACGCCAAUGUUGUGAUCCUCUCUGAACAGAAUCGUCUCCUCUUCAGCAGAGGCUCUGUCCGCAAUGUUGAGGACCCCGGUGAACCCAAAUUAGAAGAUGAACACUCAAAUGAACAUGGUCAUGGAGUAUCUGUAAAAUAAUGAUGGUCAUCAUGCCAAAACUAGUAAAAGAGCAUUAAAAAAGUGA